AUGGCGCAAACCCCUCUAUUCCCAAUCUCAGCAUUCAUCCUCCCAUCCUCGCCUUCACCACAACCAAACUCCGAGGACAAAAAUGAGAUCGUACACGUCGCCGCCGCAGGCUCGUCCCUCCCCCUAAAGUCCCACCAUGACGCACUAACACGGUAUACGGCACACAAAGCCGCCGGCCACAAGGGACACACCGGCCUCCAGCGAGAAGUAGACGAAGUCCGAUCUCUGGUGGCGCAAUCAUGGGCCGUGCACCGGGACGAUAUCGGAUUCGUGUCGAGCGUCGCGGAGGGAGUAUCGAUUCUCGUGGAGUCCCUGGAGUGGAAAGAAGGGGAUACGGUGUAUGUUGAUCGGGACGAGUUUCCAAGUGUUGUUGCGCCGUUUGCGGUUCGCGGGCAGCGGUCUGGAGGUGUUGCCCCGACGGUGUUGUACGGGUCUGAGGCCUUUGACGGCGUCGAUACUGGUAGUGCCGAGGCGGAGCUCGAGAAGAAGGUCAAUUCCAGCACGCGGCUUAUCGCCGUGAGCUACGUCUCAUACUCGAACGGUGCGCGAGUCGAUUUAGCAGCGUACCGCAGGGCCGCGGAUCGCGUCGGAGCGAUUCUCGUCGUGGAUUAUACGCAGGCAGCUGGGUACUUACCCAUCGAAGCGUCCGUGGCUGAUUUCGCGUUCUCAGCCAGCUUCAAGUUCCUCCUCGGGACGACGGGGGCAGCAAUUGCAUUCUGGAAUCGCGCGAGGCAGCCUGAAUGGACGCCUGCGACUGCGGGGCUGUAUUCCUUGGGGAACAUUAUCCCGGAUUGGGAAGGUGGGGAGCGCAUCAAGACAAGGGAUACGGCGCUGUGUUUUUCCCGAGGGAAUCCGUCGCAUCUGUCGAUUUACCUUCUGCGGGAAGGCCUGGAGUUUCUGAGACGGUGGGAGGUUACGGAGAUUGAAGAACAUGUCCAGGUUUUGACGACGGAGCUAUGGCGCAGGCUGGAUAGUGAGGGUAUCCGGUCUUCGACGCCUAGGGAGAAAUCGAAGCACGGUGCGAAUAUUACGGUCUACUGCAAAGGGGCUACUGAAAUUGUGAACCAAAUGAGUGCAGCUGGGAUCCUUGCUUGGAAUGGAUAUGGGAGAGUCCGGUUUAGCUUCCAUGGGCACAACUGUAUGAAGGAUGUUGGCCGGAUAAUGGAGGUUUUCCCUGUACUGUGGAGGCAGUGGAAUGCUCCUGCAAAAUCGGCCCUAUAG